AUGGUAUCUAAUAGUCCUCGCUGGAUUCGCCAAGAGCUCGAGUUCCUCAAAACCCUCUAUCAAGCACAGUCUUCUCAGAGAUUAACCGGUCGCACGCUCUACCAAAUGUAUUUGACCAAACAAGCACGACAUUUACCCGGCGGCGAUCUCCAUCCUUCGGAGCCCUGGCCCCCGAGACCGAUCUCAUAUAAAAUAUUUCUUUCCAAGUAUCGCCAAUGCUAUAGAAGAGUGCAUGAGAUGGCUGAGGCGGCCGCGAUACGUCAGGCUCGAAUUUCGGAAAUCCAGGCCCAGAUACAAGGGCAGACGCCCGUCCAGGCUCCGAAGGGACAAGAGCAAGUGCCCGUCCAAGCUCCACAGGGACAAGAGCAAGUGCCAGUCCAAGCUCCACCAAGACCACAGCAAGUGCCAGUCCAAGCUCCAAUGCCAAGACCCGUCCACCAAGCCCCAAGACCCUCACUUCCUCCAGGCGCCAUCCGCAUCCCCGGAAACAGCAUCCGCAUUCCCGGCAGCAACACCCGUUUCCCACACCACACUUACCUCCUCCCGGGCCACCGCAUUCUUCUCCCCAACGGGCUGAUCAUGACCAGAUCCCCCUCAGCCACUCUACCCAGCAUGCAAAGUCCCGAGUCUCAAGCUCUCCAACGCGCCGCCGCCCUCUUCCUCGCUCGCGCCCAUCUGCAACCUCCGCGAAGACACACCAAUUUGCAACUUCUACUUCCGCGCAUCCGUCAAGUUCUCGGAAGGGAGUUGCAGGGAAGAGCGCAUUUAAAUGCGACUGCAAUCGCUCGUGCUUCUGCCGCUCACUUUCCCCAAUAUAGACAACGAUCUGCUGCUCCUGGGCCUUCGGUUCCUUUGCGCACUGCUGCGAUUUCCCAUCGCGCGGCAGUACAAGUUUCCCGGCAAAGACAACGAUCUGCAGCUCCUGAGCCCUCGUCCCGACUCUCCGCCCGUGGAUCCCGCGAGCAACCUAUCAGUCUCAUCGACGAUGAAGAUUCCUCAUCCACUGCGGAAAAAAUGCCCGAUUCCAAAUCCGGUUCUCGAGAUCAAACUCCACUCUUUGCUCGCGCGUUCCGAGCCCUCACGGUCGGGGAUGAGAAGUCCUCGCCCACUUCCGUCGUGCGACUCGCAAAUGGGAGACAUCCUCUUCCUUCUUCUCAUAUUGUUUCGGCUGGUCCGAUGGCUUUGGGGAGGAUCUUGAAUUGA